ACGACAUUGUUCUAGAGUGCUCCACGAUCAGGGCCAUCUUUGGUCGUCCUCGCCGGUGACAGUGUGGACAGUUUAUUCCAUUGGUCAUUAAUGCCUAAUGAUUAAUAAAUAAUAUCUAACUUUGAACGAGCCGUUUAAAGCGCUUGGGCUGAGAGACGGAACCGAUUCCCGGUUUUUGGACUCACUGGCAUUCUUUCCUUCAAUACCCUUCAUUUCUCAAGGCAAAAAGAGGGCGAGACGGGAGAGGCGGUGAUACAACAUGGAUGAGGAAUAUGAUGUGAUCGUUUUGGGCACCGGACUCACAGAAUGCAUCCUGUCCGGGAUCAUGUCUGUGAAUGGGAAAAAGGUUCUGCACAUGGACAGGAACCCUUACUAUGGUGGGGAGAGCUCUUCCAUCACCCCCCUGGAGGAGCUGUACAAGCGCUUCAGUCUUCCAGAUAGUCCGCCUGAAUCAAUGGGCAGAGGAAGGGACUGGAACGUUGACCUCAUCCCCAAGUUUCUCAUGGCCAAUGGUCAGCUUGUGAAGAUGCUGCUAUACACAGAAGUGACACGGUACCUGGACUUUAAGGUCGUGGAGGGAAGCUUUGUCUACAAAGGAGGAAAGAUCUACAAGGUGCCGUCAACCGAGACCGAGGCACUAGCUUCAAAUCUGAUGGGAAUGUUCGAGAAGCGAAGGUUUAGGAAGUUCUUAGUCUUUGUGGCUAACUUUGAUGAGAAUGACCCCAAGACCUUUGAGGGCGUGGACCCCAAAACCACAACGAUGAGGGAUGUUUACAAGAAGUUUGACCUCGGCCAGGAUGUCAUUGACUUCACUGGCCACGCCCUGGCGCUCUACAGGACAGAUGACUACCUUGAUGUGCCCUGUUUGGACACUAUCAAUCGUAUCAAACUGUACAGUGAAUCGCUGGCACGGUAUGGGAAGAGCCCUUACCUCUACCCACUGUACGGUCUGGGAGAGCUGCCACAGGGAUUCGCCAGAUUGAGUGCAAUCUACGGAGGAACCUACAUGCUGAACAAACCAGUGGAUGAGAUAGUGAUGGAAGGCGGUCAUGUGAUUGGAGUGAAGUCUGAGGGCGAGGUGGCUCGUUGUAAGCAGCUCAUCUGUGACCCCAGCUACAUCCCGGACCGUGUCCGUAAGGCGGGUCAGGUGAUCCGUGUGAUCUGCAUCCUCAGCCACCCCAUAAAAAACACUAAUGACGCCAACUCCUGCCAGAUCAUCAUUCCUCAGAAUCAGGUUAACCGCAACUCAGACAUCUACGUGUGCAUGAUCUCCUAUGCUCACAACGUGGCUGCCCAGGGGAAGUACAUCGCCAUCGUCAGCACCACAGUGGAAACCAGCGAGCCAGAAGCUGAGAUCGAGCCGGCCCUGGAGCUGCUGGAGCCCAUCGACCAAAAGUUUGUGGCUAUUAGUGACCUUUAUGAGCCCACAGAUGAUGGUACUGAGAGCCAGAUCUUUGCCUCAAGUUCCUACGAUGCCACCACUCACUUCGAGACCACCUGCAACGACAUCAAGGACAUCUACAAACGUAUGACUGGGAGCGACUUUGACUUUGAGAACAUGAAACGCAAACAGAACGAUGUGUUUGGGGAGGAUGAGCAGUGAGCGGUAGAGGGGCUUCCGAGAGAGGGCGGGGCCGGGAGA